CUCCUCACCCAGUCAUCCGUGCAGCUGCUCUUCGGUAAAGCCUACUCUUUCAUGCCAGUCAAAUGGGUCUUCCUCCUUGCGAUCGGUAUCUUCGAACUGGGCUCCCUGGUCUGCGGCGUCGCUCCGUCGUCGACGGCCUUGAUUAUCGGUCGAGCGAUCGCCGGUCUCGGAUCUGCAGGGAUUUCCAGUGGAGCGAUCAUUAUCGUGACCUACUCGGUUCCUCUGAUCAAGCGUCCGAUGUAUACUGGGCUGAUCGGAGCCAUGUACGGUAUCGCAUCAGUUGCCGGGCCUUUGCUCGGAGGCGCAUUUACGGACAUGGUUACAUGGCGGUGGUGUUUCUAUAUUAACCUCCCGAUCGGAGGCCUCGCCGUUGUCUUGAUUGUCAUCUUCCUGAAGCCAUUCAAACGGCAGAAGGUGAGCGCUGAUUGGAAGCAGAACCUGCGUCAACUAGAUUUUCUGGGCAGUGCUGUCUUCAUGCCGGCCAUCAUCUGCAUCCUAUUAGCGCUCCAAUUCGGGGGUACCGUGUACACCUGGUCCAACUGGCGACUUAUUCUCCUUUUGGUUCUCUUUGGGGUGUUGAUUAUUGCGUGGUUAGGUAUUCAGUACUGGAAGGGGGAUAUGGCGACAGUCCCACCGCGCAUGCUCAAGCAGCGCUCAUUUGCGGCUGCCUCUUGGUUCAACUUUACUCUGGGUUCGUUCUUCCUGGUGCUCAUCUAUUACAUCCCCAUCUGGUUCCAGGCAGUGAAGGGCACAUCGGCAGUCGGAUCAGGCAUCCGCAACAUCCCGUUCAUUCUUGGACUCGUGUUGGUUUCCAUCAUUUCCGGCAUUGGCGUGACUGCGAUUGGAUACUACGCCCCCUUCAUGAUCGCAUGCUCUGUGAUUUCCGCCAUCGGAACAGGAUUGAUGAUGACGUUCCAGCCCACCACGCCGCAUGAGCAUUGGAUCGGAUACCAAGUUAUGGUUGGUAUCGGCAUCGGUAUGGGACUACAACAACCCCUGAUCGUGGUGCAGACCGUCCUCCCCCUCGCCGAGGUCCCCAUUGGAACCGCCGUGAUGUACUUCCUCCAGACCUUUGGCGGCACGGUCUUCGUCUCUGUAGGACAGAAUGUCUUUGCUAACCAGCUUAAAAUUGACCUUGCCCAGGCCGUUCCGGACCUGGACUCGGAUCUCGUGGUCAACUCGGGGGCGACUAGCCUCCAAAAGAUCGUUCCCGCGAGUGAUCUUCCGGCUGUCAAAAUUGCGUACAACCACUCCCUGACCCGGGCGUUUCUGGUAGCCACAAUCAUGGCGGCAAUGACCCUGCUUGGGUCGGCGUCGGUAGAGUGGAAAAACAUCAAGAAAGCACCACCGGAGCCUAAGAGCGAUGUACAGCCCUCUACCACUGACACAGAAGCCGGCGACAAGACGGAACUGUAAUGCCUGAGAAUAUGUACCAUGUCCGCCUGCCACCAUCCUUUGUGCUCUAGUGAACACUCGUUGGGGAUGGUCCUCUGGCUUGUCCUACCUUUUUUUAUUCUUUUCUUUGUCGAUUGCUCUUCCUGCUAUGGCCUUUUUUGGUCCCUCCACAGCUGUGCAGCGGAAGCGUGAUUUUAAAAACAGCUGAAAACCAAUAUUAAGCUCUUAUCUAUCCGUUCUUUUAGGCAGA